ACUCAGGGAGAGCAAGCGCUCGUCCAAGGAAGGAAAAGCGGGAGGGGAGGUAAACUCAAAGGGAGAAAGAGAAAAGAAAGAAAGAAAGAGAGAGGGAGAGAGAGAGAGAGAGAGAGAGAGAGAGAGAGAGAGAGAGAGAGAGAGAGAGAGAGAGAGAGAGAGAGAGAGAGAGAGAGAGAGAGAAAUUAGAAUCCUCCAAGAAUCCUUUCGUCUCUGUGCGCUUUUCCCAACUGGACAAGUUGUCUUGCUGGUGCUGCUGUUUCUUGUCUGGUUUUGUGACAGUUGCUUUUGCAAAAGUCUAGGAGGUCCUGAGGAAGCUGAGUAGGUGAAGAAAUCACGGUUGGGGCAGAAAAGGAUUUUUCACCCUUUGCACCCUGGGCAACUUUGCUGCUAACUCAGCUGAUCCCUUAUUUCUCCCCUCCCCUCCCCUCGCUCUCUUCAACCUUUGCCUCAUUCUGUUUCUCUGCUUGAUUCCUAGUCCUCCGUUUUGCAGGAUUGCACCUUUAUCUCAAGCCAGUUGGGCACUUGCUUCUCUGGUGAAUCUCCACCCCUCUCUCUCUCUCUCUCUCUCUCUCUCUCUCAACUUGUUUUCUGCUCCUUCUCCAACUUCUAGCAUCUAUGCCACUUCCUUUUCAGCAGCAAUCCUUCGCUAGCUGGAGGGCAGCUCUCUUUACAUUCUUCCCCUUGUUGCUGCUUCAAAAUGCCUGGGCAUUAUCUCUCCAGAAUAGCGAUGUUCAGGAGGGGGUGCCCGUCUGGGAAAAUAUGCCUCUGGGCAGGGGCAGGCAGGUCUCCUUCUCCAUCACGGCCUUUGGGAAAGUGCUCCUGCUGCAGCUGGAACCCGAUGCCAGCUUCUUGGCUCCUGGGCUGAAGAUUCAACAUGUUGGUAGAAGGGAAUCUAUUGGGUUCUUGACUGAGAAGGAGGAGGAGGAGGAGGAGGAGGAGGAGGAUGUGAAGCUCAGAAGAUGCUUCUACUCAGGGACUGUCAAUGCACAACCAGACUCCCUAGUGGCUGUCAGCUUAUGUCAGGGCAUCCAUGGCUCCUUCUUUGUGGAUGGAGACAAGUACGUCAUCCAGCCCCAAAAUCGUGGAAGCAAGGAUCCCCUGAUGCAGGUUCAUCAGAUCCAGAAGAGAAGCUGGUCAAAAGAAGCUGCCAAGGACAUGCGAGGAGGGGAAGCCCAGCUGGAACCCAACAGCACCACCCUGCACCGAGCGAAGCGGUUCACCUCCCAGGCUCGCUAUGUGGAGACCCUGCUAGUGGCGGAUACCUCCAUGGUCCAGUUCUACGGGCACGAUCUGAUGAAUCACGUCCUCACCUUAAUGUCUGUGGCUGCUCAAAUCUACAAGCACCCCAGCCUGAAGAAUUCUAUCAACCUGGUGGUGGUGAAGGUCUUGGUGGUGGACAAUGAAAAGGAUGGACCAGAAGUAUCUGACAAUGGUGGUCUGCUGCUGAGGAACUUCUGUAAUUGGCAACAAUUCUUCAACCCUCCAAGUGACCGUCACCCAGAACACUAUGACACUGCAAUCCUGCUGACAAGACAGGAUUUCUGUGGACAUCAAACCUGUAGAACCCUUGGAGUGGCUGAGACUGGCACCAUGUGUGAUCCAAACAAAAGCUGUUCUGUGAUAGAAGAUGAGGGUCUGCAAGCAGCUUACACCUUGGCCCAUGAACUAGGACACGUGCUCAGCAUGCCUCAUGAUGACUCCAAGAGCUGUGAAAGGCUCUUUGGGACAUUAGGAAAACAUCACAUGAUGGCUCCAUUGUUUAUUCAUUUGAACAAGACUCUGCCUUGGUCCCCCUGCAGUGCCAUGUACAUCACAGAAUUCCUGGAUGGAGGACACGGUAACUGUCUGCUUGAUGAACCAGUCCAACCUAUUGCCCUCCCGACUGAUCUCCCAGGCAAAAUAUCACUGUAUAACUUGGACCAGCAGUGUCAGCAAAUAUUUGGCAAAGAAUUUCGACACUGCCCAAAUGCCACACAGGAAGUCAUCUGCUCCCAGCUUUGGUGCAAGUUGGAAACUGGAGAGCAACUCUGCCACACCAAAAAUGGCAGCUUGCCCUGGGCUGAUGGGACACCCUGUGGGCCAGGGAAAAUGUGUUUGGAUAGCCACUGCGUGGCACAGGAUACGGUGAUGCCCAAGCUUGCUGUGGAUGGAAACUGGGGUCCCUGGAGCUCAUGGGGGCCGUGUUCCAGAACAUGUGGUGGAGGGGUGCAUUUCUCUUACAGAGACUGCGACAAUCCAGUGCCUAAAAAUGGGGGCAAAUACUGUGAGGGACAAAGAGUCCAAUAUGAGUCCUGCAACAUUGAGGAAUGCUCCCCAACCGACAAAAGCUUUCGAGAGCACCAGUGUGAGAAAUACGACAGAUACAAUUUCACCGAUUUGAAUGGAAAUUUGCUAGAAUGGGUCCCCAUGUACGCGGGAGUGUCUCCUAGAGAUCGUUGCAAGCUGAUCUGCCGGGCUAAAAGAGGCAAUGAAUUCAAAGUCUUUGAAACCAAAGUGAUUGACGGGACAACAUGUGCACCUGAUACACUCUCUCUGUGUGUGCAUGGACAGUGCAUCAAGGCUGGUUGUGAUCAUAUUAUUGGGUCUUCCAAGAAACUAGACAGAUGUGGCGUUUGUGGUGGGGACUGCUCAACUUGUAGGAAAAUAUCCGGCUCACUCAACAAAUCCAAGUUUGGGUACAACGAUGUUGUCACUAUUCCAGCAGGAGCAACCAACAUUGACAUCAAGCAACACAGCCGACGAGGAGUGAGGCAUGAUGGAAAUUACUUAGCUCUGCGGACCCUGGAUGGCAAAUACCUACUGAAUGGAAACUUCACUGUCUCAGCUAUGGAACAAGACAUUUUUGUGAAGGGGACUGUCCUGAGGUACAGUGGCUCCCUGACCACGCUGGAACGCCUCCAGAGUUACCAGCAGCUCCCCGAAUCCAUCGUGGUUCAGGUGUUGACUGUUUCCAGUGAGAUGCUCCUCCCAAAGGCAUUUCCCCCACCCAAGGUGAAAUAUACCUUUUUUAUCCCCAAGGACCUCCAAUUCAGCAAGCAGAAGAUCAAGGAGAAAAGCUUGGCCAACAUGAUCAAGCCCUUGCUGACCUCACAAUGGGUGCUGGGAGAUUGGUCGGAGUGCUCCAAAUCUUGCAGUUCGGGUUGGCAAAGACGAACCGUAGAAUGUCUGGAUGUGGAAGGGCAGCCUUCAUCCACCUGUGACAAGGCCCUCAAGCCUGUGGACAUCAAACCGUGCAGUGGUCUUCCUUGCCCGAUCUGGCAGAUGGGACCCUGGUCCCCCUGUUCCCAAACAUGUGGAGAAGGAGUGCGGACACGAAGUGCCUUGUGCAUUGACUACCUAGGCAAACCUGUUGCCUUUGAGAAAUGCAAUUCAUCGCAGCCCCCAGCAGCGACUACGGUCUGUCUGCUCCAGGAGUGCUGAAGUGAACGGAGGGCUGACAUGCAAUCCAAGAAGCCUCUGUAACUUAGUCUAACUACUAACCUAACUCAAACUAGGCUUGGCAUCUCCAAGCAAGGAAGUAGUUUUAAGGCCAAUGGGCACUCAUUGACUUGAAGAAGCCCUAUUUCCUAUACCUGUUCGAAAGAUUAGAAGGCAUUGAUUUCCACCACCACGACCCCUCUCUCUCUUUCUCUUUUGUGCUUUGUUUUCCUCCAAAUUGACAUCUACCUCAGUGGGGGAAAAAAUAGAAUUUUUGAUAAAUCAUUUGAUGUUUUGGAGAAAAAAAAAUGUCUGCAGGUCAAUACUUGGUAAUUAAGGGAAAUUCAUGUCCGAUCUAAGCAGUCCCUGCAGGUGAGCCAAAACUCAUCUGCAGCUUCACUGUGGGUUGGAUUUUAGAGACAUUAUUUAAGAUGCUGUUAUUCUUGCGAUGCAAUGGUAAUCCCCAUCAACACAGUUGUGUGCAUCCUUCAGUUAGCAAAACAGCUACAGUCUUUGGGGAGGGCGGGCAUACAAGAUUCUAUCUUUGAUACUGGCAACUGGUAAGUCAGUCCUUGGUUCAGUUGAUGCAAAUGAAGAUCGGGGUUGCUAGUUUGGACAAAUCAGUCCCAGGGAGUUUAUUGGGAUGAUCUGCAGUCUUAUGCAAUGUUUCUUCAAAGACAGUUUAGUCAUUGACCAUACAACCACAACUGAGCCCAACUUUCUGUCGCUACGCGAGACAUUUGUUAAGUAGGUUCCAUUUCUGUCGCUACGCAAGACAUUUGUUAAGUAGGUUCCAUUUUACAACCUUUCUUUCCACAGUUGUUAAGUGAAUCACUGCAGUUGUUAACAGCUAGUAACCUGUGAACUCGGCUUCCCCAUUGACUUUGCUUGUCAGAAAAUCAGAAACGGUGAUCACAUGACCCAGGGGUACUGCAAUCAUCAUAAAUAUAAGUCAGUUAUAUCAAGUCUCUGAAUUUCGAUCACAUGAUCAAGGGGGAUGCUGGAACAGUUGUCAGUGUGAAAAACAAGCAUAAGUCACUUUUUUCAGUGCCGUUGUAACUUUGAACAGUCACUAUACAAACCGUUGUAAGUUGAAGAUAUCUGUAUUAAGCUGAGGACAGUCAUCAGCUGGCUUUCUCUGCGAUUGACUAUGAAAUCUUUAUCAAUAGUUAUCAAUCUUUAUUAUAGGUCCUCCUGUUAGAUGAGAUGUUAUUCUACAGCCCACUCAUAUUACCAUUCAUCUUAGCCCUGGAGAUUCAGAAUAACAGAUGUAAUCCGUGCUUCCCUUUGUGCUCAUAUAUCUUUCAUCAUUUUGGAAGCUUAGGUAGCAAUAUGGAUGCCAGCGCUGGAGGAAAGAUAACUAAAAAUAUAUGGGUAGAAUAUGCCUCCAGAUCCAUUCUAAUAUUAGGGUUGAGUGUAUGAUUAAUAUUUCUCCUUCCCUCCAUUUUGUGGGGGGGAAAGGAUACAAUCUUAGAAUCACUAAAAUGCACUAAAGUAGGGUUUUUAUUGUACUUUCCUAAGAUUGUUUGGUAAUGUUGUUAAGAAGUGUCCCUUGUCACUCGCUGACAAAAAUUCACCUUUGGAAGCUGCAAUUUGUAGAUCAAGAAAUGAGGUCAGCAAACAAAUGCUGUGAAUACUGACCAAGGAACAUUUAUCCAAAUUACUAGGGCAUGGUGAUCCACUGCAUAAUGCAAACAAAGGCACUUCAGUAGUCUCUUGACUCUUUGCUUAGGUUAAUCAUAGUUUACCUUUUCUCAACCAGAGAAACUCUUCAUUAUUUCUAGUCUUUCAUGUGUUUCUUCAGCUUAUGCAUUUAUCAAAAGGGCCAUUUCAAAAAAAAAAAAAACCACAUAUAACUUUUUGAUCAGAUUCCUUAUUAUUUGUAAAUAAAUGUUCCGGUUUUAGUGUGACUCAAAUGGAUGUGUCAGUAUUGACAUUUGUAUCUCCAACCUCUUGGGAUUUUUGUCUUCGGUCUAAUUUUCAGACUAAAGUCACUCAGUACAGUACAUGAAAUGGGAAAUUGGUGCUUAAUACAUCACCACUAUUCUACAAUGGGUAGCAAAGUUCUAGCUGCUUUUCGGCACUGUGCUCAAAAUGAUGUUAACAUACUAACACCUCCGAUCUUGAUGGUGACCUUAUUCUCCUAUAUUAAGCUUUAGCCUUUUUCCAUAAUGAAUUCAGAAAAUGCAGAAAAAUGAAUUCUCUUUUUGUCCUUGCAGAGUUCACUAUGUCUCUCCAUUUGCUGCACCCUCAACUUGAAUUGUCAUUCUGGGAUUUUGUUCCCUGCAGGAGCUUCUGUGUGACUUAUUUAGGAAACAGUGCAUUUUCUCUAGACGAACAAGGACGUCUGCCUUUGAAAAGUGUGGUUCAAAAAAUAGCAUCAAUAGCAUAGUUCUUUCCACUCUUAAAUUAUGCUGAUCUCAUAAGGAAUAGUUAAAGGGAAGCCAGAUAGUUUGAUGUUGAAAGGGAGCGAGUCCCAGUUCUGGAACAAAAAUAAGAUCCUGUUCAGAGAACAUGUGUUUACAAGUGGGCUUCGUUGUAUAACUACAAAGUGGUACAUGGUCAGCCCUGGCCUUUACUUUGCAUUUGUCCCUUAUGGAUACAACUGAGUUCUACCUGGUGAAACACAAAGAUACAGAGACUUGCAGCAGGUUUAUCUAUUUAUUUAUAAAAUGUAUCGGCUGCCUGUCUUAUACCAUGGGGUAACAUAUUCAGUUAAAACAAAAAAAGUUACAAUCAGACACUAAAACCAAGGUACAUGGGGAGAGCAGGGAUGGAGUGGGGGGGGAGGUGGGAUCUGUUAUUACUUAAUCAACCACCUCCGUUGUGCUGUUCUGCCAUCGGAACCCCAAGCCGACUGGCAGAACCAGGUCUUUAGGCCCUUAUGAAAGGAUAGGAGAGUUGGGGGCAACCUCACAUUGGAGGGGCAAGAUGUUCCAGAGGGCAGGAACCACAACAGAGAAGGCCCUCCUUCUGAACCCCACCAGCUGGAAUAAUUGGGCUGACUGGAACCCAGAGCAGGCCUCCUCUGCCAGCAGGAGUGGUACGGGCCAAUCCCAGUGGGGUGACAUGGUCCCUCAAGUAUGGUUCUUCCAUUUCUUGCUGUGUGCAAAUAGCCAACAUUUUCUUCUUUAAGACCACUGCAGAUAGAUAAGAUUGUUCAUAAUUAUAUAUUAAUAGAAUGGGGGGGGGAACGUGCAGAUUUUGAUUCUAAUAACUAUGUGUAGAGGAAGCUAGGCUGGAGUCCCACUUAAGAUUCUGCUGAACUUCUGUCUGCAUUGGAACUGCAAACUCAGUCUAGGGAGGGACUGUCUGUCUGCCUUUAAUUCAGUCCCCGUGCAUCUCCACUGAGAUCAUUAUCCUGUCAUUGUCUUUUAUUUGCUAUCUGCUAUAGAGCAGGCAGAUCUUCUUCCUGGGCUGAACUUCUUCCUUCCCAGCUCGGAAUCCUGCCAAAAGCACGCGGAACUGCCAAGGCAUAUUUCUGGUCCAGACUGUCUGGCCUUAAAGCAGACAUCCAAAUCAAGUGAACUUCUACCUUUUUAAGCAAGCUGUAUUUGAUUUGCACUGAGGUCUGAGGCUCCCUAGUAGUGUGAAAUAUAUUCAAAAAAAGAUCUUCCAGAAUACCAAGAUUCUCUGCUUUGGGAUACAUUUGGAGAGGGGGAACAAUUUAUUCAAGAAAGAUCUUUCUUUCUCUGCUUUUCUGAGGUUCCUUCACUUUCCAUCCAGCAGAUGUUUGUAUCUGACUGCACUGUGUUUUUGAAACGUAACAUUAACAUCAUGCAUCUUUUCUUUUCUUUUUCUUUCUUUCUUUCUUUGUUUCUUUUUCUUUCUUUCUUUCUUUCUUUCUUUCUUUCUUUCUUUCUUUCUUUCUUUCAUAAUUCCUUGAAGAUUUGGGAAUAUACUUCUUCCCAUCUCACUGGAAAAUUACCAUUUGAAGCAGCAGAUGUUAGCAUUUUCUGCUGAAUAUAUCCACUCUAGGGAAGAUGCCCGACUGUCUUUUCAAGCAUCGUACUGUGCUUCUGCUGACCUAUAACGCCACUUUCCAGUUUUCUGCUUGAUCCAUUCAACAUCAAGCAGUAGACACCUUGCCUAUUAAUUGAUA